UUGAUUACGCACUACCGCAUUGAAGCUCAUCAAACUUCGACUUUCAAACCCCAAAACCCCAAGACCCAAAUUCUCUGUUUUUCAAAUCUUCUUCUUUCUCUACAUUUUCCGUUCGCAGCUCCGAUUCAGGGUUGAGUUCGGUGAACCGUUAAUAUCCACGAAAAGCUACAAAGUGAUCUCUUUGGCUGUCCAUCUCUCCAAACUGAUGUUCUAUAAAAAUUCUGCUGAAUUACAAAGACACCUAUUUAUCACUUGCAACUAUGUUUUGGUUUUUUUUGGAAGAAAAUGGCUAUCUUUGGUUGGUCCAUCCCAUUGCCUGGGGACCCUCACAUACCGCUUGCCACCAUUUAAGUUGAUCACCCGUCCAGAGGGGAAAAAUAAUUUUUUUGGUUAAACUAUACAGAGCUUUUUUAUGGUUUACAUUGAAUGAAAAAAAUCUGUCUUCAAGGAGAAAGAAAAAUGCAUUGGCAGUUUCAUUGAAUCUUUGUCUAAAAUGCUUUGACAGUUUCUUUGAAUCUUUGUCAUUUUCAGCCCUCACAUGGUCUAAUCGUUAGCAUGCUUUAUUUCACAGCUACAGCUUAUAUAUAGCCCAUUGGAAGUGUUUAUUUAUUUAUUUUCUUUGGAGAGGGAUAUCUCCUUCUUUGUAACUUCAUUUCAUCAAUUUUUUUUUACCAUCAGUGAUUACUAUUUUACAGAGCUACAGAAAACUCAGUUUGAUCUCCUGAGGCGAAGCUUAAAGCUACCCCUAGUCCAAGCAAUCACUACUUUAAAACUUUAUGGCCAGCAACAAGCCUAUUGUACCAAAGGAAGAGAUCUAUGAUUUCAGGUUGCCUCCUGAUAGGAUGUACUCGAGGCAUGUUGGGGACAGUGUUGCAAGCUCAUCUGGAAGUAAUAUAAGGACAUUCUUCAUAGAUAUGGGGUUCCUGCCAUCUCUUGUAGAUAAAGUGAUUGAAGAAAAUGGUGAAGAUGAUGUAGAAUCGUUAUUAAAUACUCUUACUACAGUUUCGGCAGAACAAAAAUCAAUUCCCGAGUCAUCAGAUUCUUUUGAUGGCUUACGAAGUGGUAAAAAGGGCAGUAAUCAUCCACAUUUUUCUACAAUCUGUCAUAAGCAGGCUGUACGGCCACUACGGACAUCGAAAUCUGAAUCAUCAGAUUCUCUAGAUAGCUUAUUUGAUGACAAGGAUGCACCCAAUGAAAUCUCUUCAGCUGUUAUACCAAAGGAGGAGGCUGAUGAUUAUUAUGAUAUUAAUGAUACCAAUAAAGCAUCCUUGUUAAUGAUGAACUUUACUGUUGAUGAAGUUAAUUUUGCGAUCGAUAAGCUUGGUGGAGAUGCUCCCAUUAAUGAAUUGGUGGAUUUUAUCAUUGCUGCACAGAUCGCUGUAAAUUUGGAGAAGGAAACAGAUGAUGAUACACUCUGCAGAAAUGAAUUAAAAAAGGAGGAAAAUGAUGAAACCUUGUUUGUGACAAUGGAGAAAACACUUCGCUUGCUUGAAAUGGGCUUCACUGAGAAUGAGGUUUCUUUGGCAAUUGAAAAGUUUGGUUCGGAAACUCCAGUUUCGGAGCUUGCCGAUUCCAUUGUUACAGGUCGAAUUGCUGGUGACUACCCUGGGAAUGUUAAGUGUUCCCCAAACUCAUUUGGCAUUGGUGGUUUACAUACUCCAGAAGAUUAUAUGACUAGAGUUAAAGCUGAAGAAUCCAGUUCCGCUGGCGUUUCUCUGUCGAGGAAUGUUAACAUUGAUGAAAUACUGAAAGGGAAAAGGCCAAAAGUAGAAAAUAUGGAUGACCUUCUGAAUCCUAUUCCUCGCUUUGAUGUUAAAAAUAAAGGGAAAAGGCCAAAGCAAGAAUAUGCUGAUGACUUGAGUUCUCUAUAUGGUCCUGGAUGGGUGGAAUCAAAAGUCAAUCCAAACAUCACCAGUUUUGACAUCCCCCCACCUUCAAAACUAAAUCUCUCAAGAAGUCUUGAUACAAUGGUGGCUAAGCCUCCACCCCCACCCAUAAAAUUAAAUCCUUCUAGAAGUCUUGAUAAGGUGGUGGCUAAACCUCCCUUUUUCUUGUAUGGAAAUGUUUUGGAUAUAUCUCGUGAUUCUUGGGAAAAAGUUUCCAAGUUCCUAUAUGCCAUUGAGCCUGAAUUCGUGGACACUCGGUCCUUCUCGGCGUUGAGUAGAAUGGAAGGCUACGUGCACAACCUUCCAUGUGAGAACAGGUCUCACAUCCUUCCGACACCUCCAAUGACCAUCCAAGAUUCUACACGUACAAAAAAAUGGUGGCCUUCCUGGGAUACAAGGAAGUAUUUGAGCUGCAUCAAUUCUGAAACUAGAGGAGUACCUCAGCUGUGUGAUAGGCUGAUAAAGACGUUAACUGAUUCUCGCGGUCGGCUCUCUUCUCAACAGCAGAGAGAUAUUCUUCAUCAUUGCAUAGCAUUAAACCUUAUUUGGGUCAGCCAGUUCAAACUGGCUCCUAUAGAGCCUGAACAGCUAGAGUGCGUGCUCGGCUACCCGGUUAAUCACACCCAAGAUGCCGAAAGUAGCUCAAUGGAAAGGCUUCAAUAUCUCAAAUACUGUUUUCAGAUAGACACUUUAGGUUAUCAUCUAUCUGUUUUGAAGUCUAUGUUCCCAGAAGGGUUGAUUGUGUUGUCCAUUUUCAGUGGAAUUGGCGGGGCGGAAAUUGCUUUGCACCGUCUUGGCAUCCGUUUGAAAGUCGUGAUCUCGGUUGAGAGUUCAGCAGCAAAGAGGAGGAUUUUGAAGAAAUGGUGGCAUAGUAGUGGACAAACUGGGGAACUAGAACAGAUAGAGGACAUACAGAAACUAACAAGCAACAAGAUUCACAAUUUGAUUAAUAAAUAUGGUGGUUUUGAUUUGGUCAUUUGUCAGAAUCCUUGUUCUCGUUGUUUGUCAUCUUCAAAACUUAACCAGAGUGGAGACGCUGAGGGUAUAGCAAGUUUUGAUUUCUCUAUAUUCUACGAGUUUGUCCGUGUUUUGCAGGGUGUAAGGAAUACCAUGGAAAGAAGGAAGUGACAAUGUGCAUUUCAUCUGCUUGUUCUAAUAAUAUUAAUAUUUAGUACACAGCUCAAUAUCAGACUAUUUUGUAUUGAUUUCUUAAAGAUGUUCAGUCACUUGACUCACUUAUUCAUCUCAAUUAACAUCCAACUGCUCUAAAACGACGGCCAGUCUCCUCUCUUUGAUUGGGGAGAUUGUCCUUAGAUCGAGGAGAUGGAAUGUUCAGUUUUGAGUCCCAA